CUGAAGUAAAUAAAGUACUAAUAUUUUAUAUUAUAGUUUAUUUAUUUACAUUUUUGUCGCAAAUAGAUUCACAAAUAUAUUUUUCUUAUCGAGUCUUAACAUUUUUUAUUCGUAUUUUAAUUGGAACCAUUGUUACUCAAGAAAAUAAAAAAAUGCAAAUUUACCAGCAGCCGAGGAGACGCCAAAUUUAUCGGCCUCUUACGAAAAUAUGCCCUGGUACGGUAGUGGAAGGUUGGGGAAGAUCUACAUACAGGCAAUCGUACAAGCAGCCCGAACUGCAGUUCAACGAAUGCGGCAGGCCCACGGAGACGCCGUCAAAGAGCCCCUGGCCCACACCUGCAGACGGUUGCGAACAGUUCGGUCGGAUGACCGUGCACCGGGCCAGUUUCCGCGAAUGGCCGAACGCCGACCGGGCAAAGCCCACGGUGCCGGUCGAUCACGAGCUCGUGGGCGGCACUCAGGAGCCCAUGCAGAACAUAACGUCGCAGCGACACGACUUCGUGACCAAGUGCCUGCCGGAGGGUCAAAUCCAGCGGGCCACCGGACCGGCGGAAAGCAUAGGCACCAACUGCGGCAGCGGUGCGUGUCCCAUGACCAGCAAGACCACCACGGCCGACGCGUUCAAGGUCACGUGCAGUUCGGACGGACGACGGCCACUGGCGCGGCCGUCCACCGCUUCGUGGUCACAGGGCCCAAACUUGCUGAUGGCCAAAGAUACGGAGACCAGUUCGAGCUAUCAGCAAUGGACCCCCCCGAAGAUAAGCCGGCCACACCCGAUGGCCCCGUACUGCCGGUCGGAAGAGCCGGUAAACGGCCGCACCGUGUACACCGUCAGUUACCGGCCACCCGGCUCGUUCCGCGAUCUGUUGCCAAGCGAACAGCCGCCGGCCGAUGGGUAUGUAUUGAACAGUAAGUCGGACGAGACUAAAUCCCAACAACCGUUUUACCCCAGAGCACACGACUACAAUUUAUACCCUUAAUAAUAAGCGGUGUGUUCGACGAAAAUUUACAAAAUUAUUUAACUAUUAUAAUUAUUAAUAUAGUAACACACCGCUUGUUAUUAUAAGGGUAUAAAUUGUAGUCGUGUGCUCUAGGGUAAAACGAUUAUUGGGAUUUAGUCUCGUCAGACUUACUGUUCAAUACAUACCCAUCGACUGUAGCCGGCUCAUCUUCAGGGGGCCCCGUACUGCCGGCCGGAAGAGCUGGUAAACGGCCGCAACGCGCCGUGUACACCGUCAGUUACCGGCCACCCGACUCGUUCCACGACCUGUUGCCAAGCGAAUAGCCAUCGACUGAUGGGUAUAUAUUGAGCAGUAAGUCGGAUGAGACUAAAUCUCAAUAAUCGUUUUACCCUAGAGCACACGACUACAAUUUAUACUAUUAAUAAUAAGCAGUGUGUUCAACGAAAAGGGAAAUACGGAGUACCUAUAAAUUGUAAAUAUAAAAUUGUAUAUUAACUAUCUAAUAUGGUAAAUAAAGUUUUUAAAUGAUUCA